AUUAAUUGCUCAAGAACAAAGCAGCACCCACUUCUGUGUUUAGCGUUAGUACGAGAGACGAAGAAAAAAAGCAAGCAAAAAAAAGUUAAAAAAAAUCUCCGAUCAAAUCUGAAAUCUCGAAUCGGUUGAUCGGACGGCCAGCGUCAUCCGAUGGGGGACUCGCCGCGAGAAUCAUUCGGCGGCGAAGUUUCCAGCCUCGUGGAGCAAGCAAAGGAGCUGCAGGAAGCGGCGGCGUCGCUCAUCUCUCGCACCUCUCGCGAAGAGGACGCGCUCCGCCAGCGCGCGGCGUCGCUCGAUUCCCGAAUCAACUCGCUUCGAAGCUCCAAACACGAUGAUACAUUGGAGGAUGAGUUGGUGAGAGCGAGAUACGUGCUGAGUGAAGGAGAUGCGGCGGCGUAUCUUCCUAGCAAAUCUCACGGGAGGUUUUUGAGGAUGUUUUUGGGGCUGAUUAAUGUGCGGGCGAAUAGGAAGGAUGUGCAGUUGAAAGUAAAAGAAGAAUACAAUAACUUCAGAGAUAGAACGUCGUAUCUGUUCCUGUUUUUUCCGUCUUUGCUGCUAGUCCUAAGGUCGUGGAUGUGGGAAGGAUGCUUACCUGCAUUGCCAGUUCAACUUUACCAGGCAUGGUUGCUGUAUCUCUACACAGGUUUGGCCUUGAGAGAAAACAUCUUGCGAGUUAACGGAAGUGAUAUACGUCCAUGGUGGAUUAAACACCAUUAUUGUGCUAUGGCUAUGGCUCUUAUUAGUCUUACUUGGGAGAUUGAGAGAGGACCUGGUUGUGCUCAGAAACAGAGAGGCAUUGAGUUGUUUCUACGAUGGGCUAUCAUGCAAGGAGUUGCAAUGAUUCUUCAGAAUCGGUAUCAGAGGCAAAGACUUUAUACACGUAUUGCACUUGGCAAGGCAAGGAGAAUGGAUGUUGUUUGGGGAGAAACUGCUGGAGUGGAGGGUCAGUUAUUGCUGCUUUGCCCUAUACUUUUCGUACUGCAGGGUUUUGAAGCCUAUGUCGGGGUCUUGUUGCUUAAAACCGCACUUUCUGGAUUCAGUCCAGAUUGGCAGGUUAUUACAUGCGGGAUUCUAUUCAUAAUCAUGGCUGUUGGGAAUUUUGCGAACACAGUGCAGACACUGGCAACUAAGUCUAAGGUGAAGGCGAAGAUAAGGAAAGGUAAAAGCAGGCAAGAAUUGAACAGUGGAUCUGAGGGUAAGAGUUUAUGAUGAAAGAGAAAGGGCACCCGUUUGUGUAAUAAUGGGGAGAAGAAGGCUUAGGGAUUUUGACCUUUGUUCAUGAGCUGUUGGUUUCUGACAGUGACAGGAAACGUGGAUUUCAGGAGUUGAAGAGGUUGACUCUUGUUGUCUGUUUUAUACCUAGUCUCGUGUUGUCAUACGUUGUUCUAAUUUAUUGUGUGUUUCCUUUUUUAUUUUUUAUUUUUUUUAUUUAACUUUUAUAGAUGUUGCCCCAUGUACAAUGAAUUUCCCAUAAUUUUUAUUUAAUGAAACCUAUUGGUUGUA